CUUCCGGCUGCGGGCAGCUGGGGCAGCUCGUGCAGCCGAGGGAGUCGCGCUCCGCAGGACAGCCCCGCGGGCGCGCGUGGUAAGCGUGCGCUGCCGCGGCCGGGGCUCUCGGGGUGGGCGGCGGGGAUCCCGAGCUGAAGCGUGCGCUGCGCUCCUCCGGCCUUUCUGUGCGUGUUCUCGUGGGACAGCCGCCGGGCCCCUCCACCUGGGGCCGGGCUCCUCACCUGGGGCCUGAGAAGUGUCUCGCGAGGCCCUGGAACCCGCAUUUCCGCAGGUGCCCCGGCGAGGGGCACUGGAACCGUGGUUUCGGUGACGAGCACGAAGAUCGGCCCUACCUGGGUUCCAGUAGGACGCACCUGCCAGAAGGAAGAAGUGCGCACGGUAUACCAAGUCUUCUCCGCCGUUUGGCGGGCAGCCGGCCCGGUUCUCUCCGAGUCGUUUGUGUUUGCAGCCCAGGGGCUAACACUUGGAACGUCCGAUUCCACCGGCUUCGGCAGAGGCCGCAGAUUCCGGGUCGAGGGGCCCAGAGGCCCGAGGAGCUCAUUCCCGGCCCCAGAUGCCGAGGUUCCCGACAACAGCUGGUGUUAGCCCGAGGGUGCUUGCCGAGCGGGGUGGACCGGUGCAGACGAGCGCCCCCCGCCCUCCGGAGUCCGGUGGUGGGGUGGCCCUGGGCCCUGUGCUGCUGGGGUCCGGUGUCGUCCCACGGUCCUGGGAGCGUCUGGCCGAGACCGGGUGCUGCCCGUGCUUUCCAGAAGAGCUGCUUGGCUGUCUGCUUCUGCCGCACUGUCCGGCUUGCAGAAGCUGUGGCGAGCAUUCCCGCUCACUCUUCACCCACAUCGUCUCCCGGACGUUGCCUCGGCUGUGACUUUUGAAGUGGGGGUCCCCGUGUUUGCUGUGACAUGCGCCCAGCGUGGCAGUGCUGAUGGCCGGUGACAGACGGGGCGUGAAGGGGAAGCCUGGAAUGUCCGGGAAGAGGCAGCUGGGCUGGGGCGGGCAGCGCCUGCUGCUGGGUCUGCUGGUCGCCGUGGCCGCCGCCCACCUGGCCGCCUGCCCCUACACCAAGGUGGAGGAGAGCUUCAGCCUGCAGGCCACGCACGACCUGCUCUUCCACCGUCUGGACAUGGAGCGGUACGACCACCUGGAGUUCCCGGGCGUGGUCCCCAGGACGUUCCUCGGGCCCCUGGUGAUCGCGGCGCUGUCCAGCCCCGUGGUCUGCGUGCUCUCGCUGCUGGGGUCGUCCAAGUUCUACUCUCAGCUGACAGUCAGAGCGGUCCUUGGACUCGGAGUGGUUUCCGGACUCUGGACUUGGCAGAAAGAAGUGCGGCGGCAGUUUGGGGCCACGGCGGCCACCGUGUUCUGCUGGGUGACGGCCACCCAGUUCCACCUGAUGUUCUACUGCACGCGGACACUCCCCAACGUGCUGGCCCUGCCCGUGGUGCUGCUGGCCCUCACGGCCUGGCUGCAGCGGAGGUGGGCCCGCUUCAUCCGGCUCUCGGCGCUGGCCAUCCUGGUCUUCAGGGCCGAGCUGAGCCUGCUCCUGGGCCUCGUGCUGCUGCUGCUGCUCUGCACCCGGCGGCUGACCGUCGCCAGGGCCCUGCGCUUCGCCGUGCCCGCCGGCCUGCUCUGCCUCGGGCUGACGGUGGCUGUCGACUCCUACUUCUGGCGCUACCUUGUGUGGCCGGAAGGAACGGUGCUCUGGUACAACGUCGUGCAGAACAAAAGCUCGAACUGGGGGACCUCGCCGCUGCUCUGGUACUUCUACUCGGCCCUGCCCCGCGGCCUGGGCGGCAGCCUGCUCUUCGUGCCCCUGGGCCUGGUGGACCGCAGGGCCCUGGCGCUGCUGCUGCCGGCCCUGGGCUUCGUGGCCCUGUACUCGCUGCUGCCGCACAAGGAGCUGCGCUUCAUCAUCUACACCUUCCCCCUGCUCAACGCCGUGGCCGCUCGGGGCUGCGCCUACCUACUGAACAACUACCGGAAGUCGUGGCUGUACAAAGUGGGGUCCCUGCUCGUGGUCGGGCACCUUGUGGUGAACGCCGCCUACUCGGCCACGGCCCUGUACGUGUCCCACUUCAACUACCCCGGGGGCGUGGCCAUGCGGACGCUGCAUGAGCUGGUGCCGCCCCAGGCAGACGUCGUCCUGCACAUCGACGUGGCCGCCGCGCAGACGGGUGUGUCCCGGUUUCUGGAGGUCAAUGGCGCCUGGAGGUACGAGAAGAGGGAGGACCUGCGGCCUGGGGCUGAGCGCGCGCUGGCCUACACGCACCUGCUCGAGGAGGCAGCGCCCGAUCGCCUGGCCCUCUACCGGGACACACACCGGGUGCUGGCCAGGGUCGCGGGCAUCACCGGGGCGAGUCUGAACCUGACCCAGCUGCCUCCCUUCAGCGUCCACCUGCAGACAAAGCUGGUGCUUCUGGAGAGACUCCCGAGGCCCUCCUGAGGGGGCCACACGGUGUCCCCGGGCUCCUCCAGCAUCCGGCACGAGGCAGCAGCAGGGCAACAGCCCUGGGGCCACAGUGCGCUUCCCGCCGGGCCCGAGGGGCCAGCCGCGCCUGCCGGCCGCCGCGCCGCACUCCGCCAGUGGGAGCGAGGGCCCCGGACACAGUCUCGGGCCCGGUGGGCUCCUGGGCUCUGCCAGCCCCCCGUGCGGUCACGGGACAGGGUCCACCUCAGGGGCGGUUCAGGAUGCACGCGUGUUCAGACGGGACGAGAAUUAAAGUUUGUAAGCCUUUCCUCA